AUGGCAGAUAUAACGCCAGAUAUCAUAGAAAAGGAGCAAUCACGACUCUCCCAUUUCAUCAAGGAACAGUCGCCCUCAGCAAGAGCUGCGCCGCCAUUCUGGAUUGAUGGCCCACGCGACGGCGAGGAAUCAACCAUCUGCACGCGCUCCUCAGCCGGUGACCAAAGCAAUUGUCUCAAACUACGGCUGGCUAGCACAAAACUCUUUUCUGAGAUGCAAAAGCGCGGUUUUGUUUGUCUGUUGCCACAAGAUACGGAUAGGACAGAGAUGGAGUGCAGCAAGGUUGAGUGA